GCUGCUGGGGGAAAGUGGCCGGAAGCGCCUUAGGCUCGCGCGUGGUGGGUAGGUAGCAGCGGCCUCGUUGGUGCGAGCGGGAGGCGGGUCUCAGGUGAGGUGAUACAGCUUCCUGUUCCCUCGCCCCGGGGGCGCUGGGCCUGGACGGGAAGUGGAGCAGAGCGGCCUCCCUCCAGUCAAUCUCCCAAUCUGCUACUAUGGAUUCUCUCUUUAAACCGGGUGUCCUCAGCGUAAUUGCAGGAGUCGCAUGUGGAGUAUGCGUGGGCUGGGGCAUGCGCGGGCGAUUCUUUAGACCAUCCAAAGCCAAAAUGCCUCUGUUUGCAAAUGAGCUGGGGAACGAAGCCAGUAUCAUGGGAGAGUCUGGAGAAUACAAGAUGGUGCUGAUAGUCCGUAAUGACUUAAAGAUGGGAAAGGGUAAAGUAGCAGCACAGUGUUCUCAUGCUGCAGUUUCUGCCUACAAGCAAGUUCAACGAAGAAAUCCUGAGCUGCUUAAACAGUGGGAGUAUUGUGGACAGCCAAAAGUGGUUCUCAAAGCCCCUAAUGAAGAGUCCCUAGUUCAACUCCUUGUUGAUGCUAAACAGCUGGGACUAACUGUGAGUAUAAUCCAAGAUGCAGGUCGUACUCAGAUAGCACCAGGCUCCCGGACUGUACUAGGUAUCGGACCAGGACCAGCUGAUGUAGUGGAUAAAGUUUCUGGCCAUCUCAAACUCUUCUAAGAUGGAGAACAAGCCUGAGUUUUAUUGGAGCAAUUGUAUACUUCAGCACCAAAGUAGUAAUGGGGAUAAAAUCCAAGCUAUGUUUUCAUUUCUAUGGUUCUGCUUGAGUAAAAAUAAAAAGCAUGUCUAUCUUUUGACCUUU